CUUACCGGCCUCACCCAGCAGCAGCCGACAAUCUACUUCAUUCACUUCAGAAGCCUCAGACGGAGAAGUCGCACUGAGAAAAGUUACACGCCUAACAAAAUUCUUAGAUAGAAUCCCUCGGAUACCGAAACCAUGGCUGGAGUGAGCUCUUGUAUGAAGUAUUCCAUGUUCUUCUUUAACUUCUUGUUUUGGGUUGCUGGGUGCAUUAUCCUUGGGGUGUCCAUAUGGCUCCGUGUGAACAAAAACAAUCAGAUAGUUUCUUCUGAUAUUCCUGCUGUCAAUCUGCUCAUCGCCAUUGGUUCCAUCAUCAUGGUUCUUGGAUUCCUUGGCUGCUGUGGAGCAAUCCGAGAAAGUCGCUGCAUGCUGCUGUUGUUUUUCAUUGGAUUGCUGCUGAUCUUCUUGCUGCUGGUUGCUGCAGGGAUUGUUGGCAUUGUGUACAAAUCCAAGGUUGAAGACGGUGUGAAGGAAGCUUUGAAGGGCUAUGUUCCAAUAACCAGCCAGACCGAGGAUAUCCAGAAUGCUAUGAACAGCUUACAAAGCGAGGCAAAGUGCUGUGGAAUUUUCAAUGGUGCUAGUGACUGGGGAAACGCUGUUCCCGAUUCUUGUAAGUGCCAACUGCCUAACAACUGUACUACGUCGGGUACAACCACCGUUUAUAAACUGACCUGUGGAGACUACAUCAUUCAACAAAUGCAGAACAACAUGAUAAUCGUCUUGGGUGUUGCUUUUGGACUGGCCAUCCUCAUGGUAGGAAUGCCUGGAUUGAUUCAUUUUGUGGGUUGGGGAUUUGCUGUCUCUUGUCAUCUAAGGCAUAUAAUAAACUUUCCUUCUAAUCUGAAAAGUGGCAAAAAUUAUUUUGCUGAUGUGAUGUUCUUCCGGUCUCUGGGAAGCAUGCUGACUAGUCUCCCCAAACUGAAAAGUCUAACCUCACAUUCAAUAUGCCAUUUCAUAACUGGGGGUGCAGGCAUUUUAGGCACUUCAUUUUAG